AUUUCUUGAACUCUGUGUCUUUUGUGUUUAAAAUUUUAAAUAACAUAAUGAAUAUACUAUAAUAAAUAUUGCCGUAUUACUUUUCCUAUUUAGUGUGAUAUUAUAGAAAAUACGGUUUAUAGUAUUACAAAUUAUCACACGAUUUUAUUGUAAAGGUCUGUAGGAAUCAUGAGUGAAAUAGUAGUUUUAUUUGAUGGAUUUUCCGUUAUGAGCGGUACGGACGAGAUGAAAGCUAACUGCAGUUGCACACUUAUAAAAGGCGAUCAUAAUAUUAUAGUGGACACAAUGACUGCUUGGGAUUCCGAUAGAAUCGUAGAUGCUCUAAAGAAACAAAAUAUUACACCGGAGCAAAUAAAUUAUGUUGUAUCAACACAUGGUCACUCUGAUCACAUAGGAAAUAAUAAUCUUUUUUUAAAUGCUAAACAUAUAGUAGGAUUUAGCAUUUCCUUUAAAGAUAUAUAUUAUGCACAUCCCUUUGACAAAGGUGAGGAAUACACUAUUAAUAAUAGUGUUAAGCUCAUACCAACUCCAGGACACACUCUCUCUGAUGUCACAGUUCUUGUAGUAUCAAAAGAUGCAGAUAUAGUUGCUAUAACUGGAGAUUUAUUUGAGAAAUAUGAGGAUAUAGAAAACCCAAAUAUAUGGCUUGAAGCAGGCAGCGAUGACCCAGCAGAACAAUUUAAAAAUAGGUGUAAAGUAGCUAAACUUGCAGACUGGAUAGUACCUGGCCAUGGUCAAAAAUUCAAGGUUACAGAAGAAAUGAGGGAGCUAUUAGGGAGACAGGCAGGUGAUAAGUUGUCAGAAAGAAAUGUUAAAUAAAGUUAACAAUUUGAUAUGAAAAUGUUUAUAUUAAAAGACACAUGUUACAAGUACAACUUUAUUAAAAUAAACAAAUCCAAUUAUUUAAAAACUUGACAUUGCAUAGUGUUUAUAAGUAGUGUCUCCAAACUAUGAGCAUGAGCUGCAGCUCAGUAUUUAUCUGUGACCAUACACAAACUGCAGUAUUAAAUAUUUAAUACUGUAGUAUUUAAUAGUAAUUACUAAAAAAUUUGGAGACCUCUACUUUAAAAAAUAUAUAUUUGCAUAGAUAGAUAAAAUAAGCACACAUAUUAAACACUUAGAAGAACCCUGUGGUAUCUAUUAUAAUCUUAAUUAAAGUAUACCCAAAUUAUAUAAUAUAUGUGGUGUAAUAAAA